GAGAUCACAUCCGUUCAAAUACGAAACGCAAAGAAGAAUUCGACUCACGAUUCCCACGCCUCUGUUUUCGUUGCCGUAGCUUUAUCCGCAAAGCGAGAGGGCGAGUCCCUUCUCCCUCUUUCGCUCUUAAACGGCGUGAAAGGAAGAGAAAGAAGUCGGCAGCGAGCAGCCAUGAAAGAAAUGCAGGGCGCUGUGGUUCCGCCGACUUCCCCUCCCGCGAACCCCAUCGAGCAGCUGCAAGUCCGGUUCAAGGAACUGGAGACCGGCUUCAGGACGUGGCUCGCCAAGCAGCCUCUCCACGUGGAGGCUGCCGUCGUCACCGCCACCAGCGCCGCCCAGGGCGCUGCCAUCGGCGGCCUCCUCGGCACCCUCACCCCGGACGCCGCCUCCACUUUUCCCACUCCCCCUCCCCAGGCCGCUGGCCUCGACCCCCAGGCCUUGGCCUCCUUCAAGCAAGCCCAGGCUUUUGCAGGCGGUCCCUUGGCACAAGCUCGCAAUUUUGCAGUCAUGACAGGUGUCAAUGCUGGUAUUUCCUGUGUCAUGAGAAGACUUAGAGGAGUGGAGGAUGUCCAAAAUAG